AACAGAGUUCUCAAGAGUGAAGAACAUGAAGGUCACUCAGUAAAGCAGAAGGGGAUUUGACUUUAAAACGCACACGUUGGGUUUAUUUACUGCAUUCAUACAAGUCCUCUUCUAAAUCCAUCCUCAAGGAUAUUUAUGAUGGCAAGCAAAAGAAAAGCAUCCCCGAAAGAUGAGUCAUCUAUUUCCUCCCUUUCAGAUCUCGACGAGCAUGUUGAAACCAAGAAACCUAAUCGAUCAGGUGGUUCUACAAAAUCAUCUAAAACGACGACAUCUGGCGGAGAACAGUUAAUUGAUUUAACGGGGAAAAAGUUCGCUUGCGUCAGAGAUUUUAGGGGAAAGGUGUUUGUGGACAUACGGGAGUAUUAUGAAGACAAAUCCAGCGGGGAAUUGAAACCUGGAAAGAAGGGUAAGAAAAUAUUUUUAUUAAUUUGACUUAUGAAAAUUAACUCGUGGUAGUCUGGUUAGCCUGAUUAAUGAUAAAAGUAAAAAAUGUAAGGUUGCUGGUGAUAAUAUGAAGCAAGUCAGUUUGACAAAACGUGUUUACAGUUCUUAUGUCAAUGAUAUCGAUUUCAACUGAUACUCUACAAAUUCAACCUAUUUUAGAGAGGGGUAUUCAGUGGUGCAUAAUACGAGGCUCAGUAAGCCUGAUAGUACCUACUUUGUAAACUGGUUCUUAUUCAAAUUCACGAUUAUUAUUUCUAGGGUUCCGAGCAGAACAUAGGACUUCCAUAUCACAUCUCCAAUUCACCCUGUUCUCUGUAGUCCUCUUCAGCUAGUUCCGUGAUUGCCCAUAAACUCUCAUUUCCCCCAUGUCACCCGCAAAUGUCCCACUCAUUCUUUCCCAUUCGGGCUGCACUCGACGGCCUUGCGCGCGAUGUCAUUGGAUGAUUGUAGCAGUGUGUGUCCGUUCUAUCUCCAUUUUCUUCUGCAUAUCUGUUGAGAAAUAAGUCCUUUGUUAGUUCAUUCGCAGAGUUCCUUGUCGUUCGUUCUUUUUGGCUAUUUUGUCUUCAAUAUGGGGCUAGGGUAGUUCUUGAUGAAAAUCUUCACUGACUUGUUGGGAAUGUUCUUCGUGACGCUUAAAGUUUUUGACCAACAUGGAACUGACUUCACACUGGUGUUCAAAAUCCGAAUUUUGUUCAUUUUGCUGAGUUCUUGUGGUACUAUUGUACUUGUAUGUAAAGAGAACAUAAGUAUCAGCAUCAAACCGAAUUGGUGGUCAAGUUAUAACAUAGCAUGAAUCUGUGAAUUCUUUGACUUUUUGAGUCCCAGGAAGGUACAAACUGAUUGGCGUGCUCAAGGCGCUAAAAAUUAAUGACUAGAGAUUCGGUCACUUGUUUAAAGUCAUUUUGAAUGGUGCAGGUGCAUACACUUUUUGAAAUUGCAGAUGUAUUAAAUUGUUAUUCUCCCCGAACCCAUUCCGUUUAUUAUGGUUAGUUUGCAUUUCUUACCUACCUUUAUGCUUCAAUAAAGUGUACCAACGCAAACGUUGAAAAUUUGUUGGGGGGUUAAAAAACAGAGUAGCAGUGAUACUACGUUAAAAGGGGGCAAGUGGAGGAAAGUUGGAGGCUUUUGGAAUACUCUAUUUUACCACUUCGUUUCAGUGAGCGUAUUCAAUGUUUCGGAAGUGGAAUCUCACUGAACUUGGAACAAUGGGAAUAUUUGAAGAGUUCUAUAAAUGAUUUGGAUGAGGAUGUAAAGAAAAUGCGACGAUAGCCCUCUUCUCGAACACGAGUACUGUUUGUUGAAAUUAUUGUUGCUGCUUAUGGCUAAGUACAUUGGCCAAGCAAUUCUGUUUCAUAAAAGUUUAAUACAAUUAAUCCUGUUUAGUAAAGAUGAAAAUAUAUCACUUAUUUUGUUUGUAAAACCAACUGGUA